AUGUCCUUGAGGAAAACCUAUAGGUAUAAGUGCCAUCAAAGAAUUAGGCUCAGAAUAAAUACUCGUCAGGCCAACUCAACUGAUAAGAAAGACAAAUAUUUACGAUCAGUAUGCAUUGGUACAAACGGACGUUGGUCAGUUCCGUCAAACAGGGAGCAUCACUACAGGAACCUGAAGAAUCGCUAUACGAAUUGUACUUACGUGGACGGCAAUUUGGAACUCACCUGGUUACAAGACGAAAACUUCGAUCUCAGUUUUUUACAAUACAUCCGAGAAGUGACGGGCUACGUUCUCAUUUCGCAUGUUGAUUUAAGGCGAGUCGUGUUACCACGUCUACAAAUAAUCCGCGGACGAACUUUAUUCAAAAUGACCAGUUACACUGAGGAAUUUGCUAUAAUCGUUACAACAUCAAAGAUGUAUUCGCUCGAGCUUCCCGCACUACGUGAUGUACUAAGUGGCAGCGUGGGCCUUUUUAGUAACUACAAUCUUUGUCACGUCAAGACAAUAAACUGGGAUGAAAUAAUUUCUGAUCCAAAAGGUCAUUAUGUAUAUCGGUACAACUUCGUUUCACCUGAAAGAGAGUGCCCUCCGUGUCACAAAAGUUGUGAGCAUGGAUGCUGGGGUGAAGGCGAGGAAAACUGUCAGAAGUUUUCCAAGGUUACAUGUAGUCCUCAAUGUUAUCAGGGUCGAUGUUUUGGUUCAAAUCCUAGAGAAUGUUGUCAUCUGUUUUGUGCGGGUGGUUGUACGGGUCCAAAACAAAGCGAUUGUAUUGCGUGCAAAAAUUUCUAUGACGAUGGGGUUUGUACACAAGAAUGUCCACCAAUGCAAAUAUACAAUCCCAUCACCUAUUCUUGGGAACCAAAUCCAAGUGGAAAAUAUGCAUAUGGAGCAACAUGCGUUAAAAAUUGUCCAGAACAUCUUCUCAAGGACAACGGUGCGUGUGUGAAAUCGUGUCCACUAAGUAAGAAAGCGGUAAACGGGGAAUGUAUACCUUGUAAUGGUCCCUGUCCAAAAACUUGUCAUGGCGAUGUACCGAUUAAUGCAGCAAACAUCGAUGAUUUUAAAGAUUGUACAGUAAUUGAAGGUUAUAUACACAUUUUAGAGAACAGUUUUACUGGUUAUCAACAUGUUUAUUCUAAUUCAACUUUUGGGGAACGCUACCCACCCAUGCAUCCGAACCGCUUAGAGGUUUUCAGCACUUUAAAAGAAAUCACAGGUUUUCUAAAUAUUCAAGCCUAUCAUCCAGACUUUAAAAAUCUUUCAUACUUUCGAAAUCUAGAGAUAAUUGGAGGUAGAACUGUUCACGAUUACUUUUCUUCCCUGUAUAUUGUUAAAACUUCAUUGGAAUCCCUUGAACUAAAAUCACUAAAGAAAAUUAAUUCUGGCACGGUCGUUAUUUUGGAAAAUAAACAUUUAUGCUUUGCUGAUGGAAUUAAUUGGCGUAAAAUAAUUAAAAGCUCCGAACAUAUGGCAUUUCUUCAAAACAACAAAGAUUUGAAAAAAUGUGCAGCAAGUGGAUUAGUAUGUGAUGAACAAUGUAGUAACGAUGGAUGUUGGGGCCCUGGACCAGAUCAAUGUUUAUCUUGUGCACACUUCAGCUUAGGAAGCACUUGUUUGCAAAACUGCAGCAUUAUGCCAAGAAUUUAUCAAGCCAGUUCUGAAGUUUGUGAAUACUGUAAUGAACAAUGUGAAAGUUCCUGCUCUGGCCCAGGUCCCGAACACUGUACAACGUGCAAGCAUUUUAGGGAUGGUCCAUACUGUGUUUCAAAAUGCCCUAUUACCAAAUACGAGGAUAAUGGAGAAUGUAAAUUGUGUCAUCCAAAUUGUGUUGAUGGGUGCACUGGACCGAAGAACACUAUUGGACCUGGGGCUUGUAACUCAUGUGAUAAGGCUGUAAUGAACGAAAAUGCUACAGUUGACGUAUGUUUGCAUAAGAAUGAUCCAUGUCCUACUGGGUACUUCUUUGAAUGGGUUAGACCUCAAGAGCAGGAGUUCCUCAGGCCACUUUCUGGAAAAGCUAUUUGUCGUAAAUGUCACCCGAGGUGUAAAAAAUGUACAGGUUAUGGAUUUCAUGAGCUUGUAUGUCAAGAAUGUACUAAUUAUAAAAAAGGCGAGCAGUGCGAAGAUGAAUGCCUUUCUGAUUACUAUGCCGAUGACACUACUCAAAACUGUCUUCCGUGUCAUCAGGAAUGUAGAGGAUGUAAGGGUCCCGGGCCAGAAAAUUGUCUCGCUUGUUAUAAUUUAAAAAUAUAUCCAGAUGGAAACCCAUCGCUUAAUGCUUCUUUUAUAUGCACACCGAAUUGCUCAUCUGAGUAUCCGCAUAAAGUCGUCCCACAAGAUAAUUCUGAUGCAUAUUGUUCUGAAAUUGUUUUAGGCGCUUUAGAGGCUAAUUUGACAACAACAAUGAUCAUUACUGUUGUUGCAGUGGUAGCCUGUGGUAUCAUUGGGGCUAUUAUAUGGUUUAUAUUCCAUUAUCGAAGUGAAAUGAAAGUUAAAGAAAAUGCCAUUAAAAUGUCCAUGGCUUUAACAGGCUUGGAAGAUAAUGAACCAUUACGUCCCACAAAUGCCCCUCCUAAUCUUGCUAAACUAAGAAUCAUUAAAGAAGCAGAAAUGAGAAGAGGUGGAAUUUUGGGCUUUGGAGCAUUCGGAACUGUGUACAAGGGAGUAUGGAUUCCUGAAGGAGAAACAACAAAGGUUCCGGUUGCAAUUAAGAUUUUACGUGAUGAUACCGGUGCAAAUAGCAGUAAGGAAUUUUUGGAGGAAGCGUAUAUAAUGGCUACGGUAGACCACCCUAAUUUAUUACAACUUCUUGCCGUUUGCAUGACUUCGCAAAUGAUGCUUGUAACGCAACUAAUGCCGCUAGGUUGCUUAUUAGAUUUUGUACGUAAUAAUAGUAAUAAAAUUGGAUCUAAACUACUUUUAAAUUGGUGCACACAAAUAGCUAGAGGAAUGGCCUAUUUGGAAGAAAAAAGGCUGGUGCAUCGAGAUCUUGCAGCUAGAAAUGUACUGGUACAAACGCCAGCAUGUGUCAAAAUUACUGAUUUUGGUUUGGCGAAAUUAUUAGAUAUAAAUGAAGAAGAGUAUAAAGCCGAUGGGGGUAAAAUGCCAAUAAAAUGGCUAGCUUUGGAGUGUAUUCAACAUCGUAUUUUUACUCAUAAAUCGGACGUUUGGGCGUUUGGCGUUACGGUAUGGGAAUUAUUAACUUUUGGUGGGAAACCAUACGAUAAUGUACCAGCUAGAAAUGUUCCUGAGUUAUUAGAAAAAGGUGAACGGCUUCCCCAACCUAUGAUUUGCACAAUUGAUGUAUAUAUGAUCAUGAUUAAGUGUUGGAUGUUGGAUGCAGAAAGUCGACCGAGUUUUAAGGAACUAGCAGAAGAUUUCACGAAGAUGACCCGAGAUCCAGGCCGAUUUCUUGUCAUUCCUGGUGACAGACAUUUGAAAACUUUCCAAAAUCAAGAUGAGAAAGACGUGAGACAUUUGGGAUUUUCCUUGGAGCAUUCCAGCAGCCAAUCAGAAGGCGAUGAAUGCUUGCAACCUUCAUCUCGAGCACCUGUUUCCUUUGAUUCUUUUUUAAACUCACCACAAUCAAUACGUAUGAAGCUUUGGCCUUCACAAUCUGUUGUAACUUCUGAUGGUAGUUGUGCUCCUCAAAAUCAACACAACUGGAAUCAGGAACGUCUUCGAUAUGCUCAGCAACAUGGUCUUAAUCCAAGAAUGAUAAGUUUAGGCAACGAAUCUGAUUGUUCAAGUUUAAAAUGUAGCAGCGAUGGUAAAACUGAUAUAGAUGAAUACGAUUCGGGUAGAUCUCAAGCCCAAGUGGGUACACUUAAACUCGAGCUUCCUGUAGACGAAGACGACUAUCUUAUGCCAUCUCCUCAGCAGACUCAAGGUGCUUCCACUUAUGUGGACUUGAUAGAAGAGUCAGUAAGACAUUCGGAUAAUAGUGCUAGUGAUAGUGCAGAGUUUUGUAAAACAAAUAUAGAUAACCCUGAGUAUCUUAUGAACAAUGAUGCUCCUUCUCAAACAAUUGGGAUUCCAACUGUAUCUCAAGUGGUACAAUCAAAUGGAGUUUCAACUUGCAAUGUAAUGUUAAAUGUUCAGCAACCACAAUUGUUGCGACCAUCUUCUUAUGUGCCUCAGAAAAGUUCAGAAGAGGAAUCUGAUCAUGAGUAUUAUAACGAUUUUGAUAGGCUUAAAAGGGAAUUGCAACCUCUCAAAUAUAAAGGUGAAACAACUGUCUAAAUAUUAACUCUUUGAAAGUUUUUAAAGAAAUUAGAUAUUGGUAUUGUGAAAUGCCACUCACUGUUUAUUAACGCCGUCUUCCAAACUGAUAAACAUUUUGCCACACUGACUAGCUUUAAGUUAUGCGGCAACAUGUAAAUAAAAUCAUUGUAUACUAUAUCAAUAGAGCAAAUGCCUUAAUUUUAUCCCAUUAAUUCAAUACUUACAAGUGUACUGUAA